AUGUUUCUUCGCUUCUGUCAGCUUCCAAUUUUCUCGUUUCCCAUCUGUUUAUCGGCUAAUUUUCGACUUUACUUUUUCGAAACUCGUGGAAAUUCCAAUAUAUUGAAUUCCCGGCAACCGGGAACUGUCGCAGGAACGUUGGAGAAAGAGAAAAGGAGAAGCCAUAUUCAAGAAGGUCGUGUCCCACGACGCUUGACUUUGCUUCAAAUUGUUCCCGCGCACCAAUCCAACGCAGUGGAACCCGUCUCUCCCUACUCUAGAGCUUCUUGUCACCGGCGCACCAAUCCGAACACGUGGGACCCGCCCCUCCCAUUUACAGCAAUCCGGCUCCGGGGCACGAAUUCGACGCCGGAGGACCCGUCUCACCCAAUUCUACCGCGUUGGGGCUCCAGCGCACCAAACCAUGGUGUCCGUCUCCCUCUCUUUUUGAAUUUCUUGACCAAGGAGCUUACAUUGGAUGAGAGUUGGUCAUACUUUUUGAGUGACCAAGUUGGAGAAAAUUCCGACUGUUUUCACAAAAGCGAGAUUUUUGCAGCCAAGCGGAGUUGUCAUCAUUCGAAAGAGCGUCUCUUUGCGAUUAGAAUAGAAUAUUUCAGAUCGAGUUCUUCGUAUGAAGAAGGAAUUGUUCAACAAAUCUCCUGCAGUCCCGAGAUAAGAAGAGCGUAUUGUUCAUUUUAUUCGUUUGUUUAUAUCAAAGCAAUAAAAAAGCGAUAUAAACCGUACACAUGUUUCAUAAAACAUAUGUUUGAACUGCCAAUUUUCUCGUGCUGCCAGGAAUGA